AUGGAGGAUUUCGCUAAAAAUUACCUUAAAUUGUCAGGUGGUAAAAAGCAGUUGGGGAGAAGGAUGAUUGUAAUAGAUGGGCUAAACGUGCUUUAUAGCACGACAGGUUAUUGCAGCGGAUCAAAAAAGAAACGCAGGCCCAGGCCCGACCUAGAGUUCAUCUACUUGUUGCCUUUGGUGCGCUUUUUCGUUAGACGAGGACACCCAGUAAAUAUCGUGGUCAAGUAUACCCCAUUAAGAUGGAAGGAGACCAAUUCCUCUAUUUGGAAGGAUUUGGAAAAGUAUCAGUUGUUCACAGAGGUACCGCCAGUAGUAAACGACGAUAUCGUUGCCCUAAACAUUGCUCGAGAUAACUGUGGAACUAUUGUAUCUCGUGACAGGUUUCGCGAUCAUGUAGCUUUAUCACCAAGCUUACAUAAUAUUGCAAGCCGCCGACUAAUAUUGUCUUGCGAGUUGUGCGAAGGGGUUUAUAUCAGCAGAUAUGGAGACCCUUUUUACAAAGCUAUUUUCGAAGCAGAGUCGAUGUUGGAGCCAGAACAGAUGUUUUCAUGCCCUGGAGACGGUGACUAUGAGGUUGUGUGCCAAAGUCGAUGGUCACGUCAGAAAUCUACAGAAAUAUUAGCGGCUAUUAACUUAGUUCUCUAUCGGUACACUAAUGAUAGCAAGAUUUUUUCUUUAAUAUCUGCCAAUGAAAUACUCUAUCAAGAAGACACAGUUUGGCGCUUUGGCGCUCCUGAGGAAGGAAGUUGCCAAACUACUGAAAGUGAUAAACAGACUGCUGAGGAAAGAGAAAAAGAAGUUUCAGAGGACUGCUCAGAAACUGAAACUCAUUGGGCUUCAGAAACCAGUGCAGGUUUAUCGCGUAAAGCAACACUGAAUCAUAUUGAGCAGCAUACUUUCUCUAACUCUGGCGAGUUGCUGGUUGCCACUGCAAGUAGGAGUGCAAAGAGCUUCGAGGGAAAUGUCUGCUGUGAAACCGAUUUAUUAGCUGGAAAUUUUCAAAGUUGCCGGUUGUAUGAUUCUGAGCGGGGUGGUUAUUUGAUGAAAGCUGGAGGCUGCUCGAGUAAAGCAUCGAAUUCCAAUACGUCAAUCGGUACUCCUGCAUCAGCUUUAUUCAGAGGCCAGCCAAAUGCGAAGGAGAAAGAAUAUUUAUACACUACGAUGAGAGAUAAACUGGAACUAGACCCAGACAUCGCAUAUGGGAUAUUAUGUGGUGCAAAAGCUUUGAAUUUAGACUACCUUUUGGGCGAGUAUUUCACAAUCGUGAAAUAA